AUGGUGUUUGUUGUAUCGUCAACGAUUAUCUUGGUGCAAUUUCUUCUCUCAACUAUAUCGCUCUCUACGGAAGCGCACUCAUGGAUCGACUGUAUUGACACGGAUCGUGCUAAACUCUACGAUCAAAGUUCAUCGUAUAUCUUUGGCGGCGCUGGUGGCAAUGGAUAUUGUGAAGGUUACGGAGCAGGAUACCCGGGGCGCGGAGACUUAGCUAUUGGACCAGGGUAUACAUACAAGAUGCUAAGAAAUGAAGUCGAAGCUGGAGCACCUGUAUGUCAACCUGUUGACCCGAACACAUACUCGGACUGGCGAAAACGAAUUUCUUUAAAACCAGGACAAACGGCAUUUUUUUCGUAUCUACCAAAUGGUCAUAUUGUCAAGGAUAAGAAAGGUGUUGGAACUCAGCACGGUGUUUACUGGACGGGUCAACCAGGCACGUCACUCGCAUCAACGCAUGACAUGAAGCCCGAGCAUUUGAUCAACGGACACACAAAUGAUUACGAUGAUGGUAAUUGUGGUGAGACGUAUGAUUAUAAUGGUAAACCCAGUGGACGCGCUGGUGAUGGAAAACCAUGUAUUGGUUCGUUUAGUGUUCCAGCGGGCACAGCUCCAGGAAUUUACAAAAUGGUUUGGUAUUGGACCUUUUGGCUCGAUAAUCAGGACGCGUAUAAGGACCAAAACAUGGCCAAAGGAUACUUUGGUGCUGCAUACUCAACCUGUUUUGAAAUCGAGGUGAAGUCAGAUGGGUCGAAUGUAAAUCCGACUACUGUUGGUCCGAAAGCAGCAGCACCAGAUCCAGCGUCUGCACCGGCUGGAGGCCCAAAACCAGCUUCUGGUUCAACUCCAGCCAAGGGUACUGUCAUAGGGUUUCCUCAAAAGGCAACGUUAGGAAUGGAAAUGGACGACACAGAGCAGGAUGACGAUGUUGUGGUACCUGGGACGGGUGCAACAGCCACCGAAAAACAAACAAAUUCCCCAAUUGGUAGUAGCGACACAAGUGACGCAAGUGAUGCAUAUUAUGCGGAUGAGGGCAGUGAUGAUGAUGGCGCAUCGAAUGCAAAGUUUCAAUCAGUAAAUGAAUCCUCUGCAAGUAUGGACAGAUUUUCAAGCAUGGGAUCCGAGCUAUGGGACAUUGACGAAGUUGGUCAGAUAGACGAAAUGGCUUCGACAGAUGAGGAUGACGCGGGAUCAGAAUCGGAUUUAGACACGAGCUCAAGUACUUCAUCAAUGGAGAGUGCAGCAACUUCAAUCCAGUCCGUCAAGCAGUUUGCGAUCAUAGGCUUUGCAUUGCUUAUCGGAGUGACGCUGCUUUGA